AUGCGCGGGUUACUGUCUCGUCUUGCAGUUCGCGCAACAUCGCGUGUCCAUAUACCGAGUCGUAUGAUGGGGUCAACUACAACACAAGUGCUCUACGCACUAACUGUCGCUACAUCUCCAAAGCGGCCCGUGCCAGAAGAUGCCGCAUUGAAAAGUCACCACGCAGCGUCUGGUUUUAGGAAUCCUUGGGAUUCUUGGCGCGACGUGAAUUUUGCCAGUUUGCUGGAAGUCGUUUGGCGUCGCAUUACUGGUAAAGCCAAUGUCCCCGAUGCUAAGUCCCCCGGCAUAAAGGUUCGCAAACCCGAAUUUCUCACGACUCGGAACCACUCGAAGUUACGCGCAACAUGGCUGGGACAUGCCUGUUACCAUGUCGAAUUUCCAAGUGGCCUGCGAGUGCUUUUUGACCCUGUUCUUGAAGAACAUUGCGGUCCUUACAAUCUGCUGGGCCCCAAACGUUUUACGGAGGCGCCUUGCAAACCCGAGGAUAUUCCAGUGAUUGACGCUGUGGUCAUCUCGCACAACCACUAUGAUCAUUUAUCGUACCAUACUGUGUCAGCUUUGGCGAAGAAGCACUCUAAUUGUCACUUUUUUGUCCCAUUAGGUAACAAGCAAUGGUUCGAGCGUUGCGGAAUCGAGAAAGUCACCGAAUUGGACUGGUGGGAUGAGUGUGAUGUGACACUUUCCCCCUCAUCUCAAGAGGGAACAAAGGUGGAAGCAGCAGGUGAGGCCAAUUCUUCGACUGCGGAUAUCAAAGCACGUUUCAGCUGUUUGCCCUGUCAACAUGUCUCGGCUCGUACCCCCUUUGAUCGGAACAAGACUCUGUGGUGCUCCUGGGCAAUUGAGUCAGAGGGCAGCAAGGUCUACUUUGCAGGAGAUACCGGGUAUCGACCCGUUCCGAAGCUCCCCGAAGGCGAAGAUGAUCAUGAUUCUAAGUAUGACUUCCCAGUAUGCCCUGCAUUCAAACAAGUGGGCGAAUACCGUGGCCCGUUCGACCUGGGUCUCAUUCCUAUCGGGGCUUAUGCUCCUCGAUACGUAUGGAGCUCUGCACACGGAGACCCGCACGAUGCGGUUUCUAUUUUCAAGGAUACUAAGUGCAAGAAGGCGCUUGGCAUCCACUGGGGUACCUGGGUUCUGACCGAAGAAGAUGUCUUGGAACCGCCCCAGAAGCUGAAGACGGCUCUCAGAAGAUUCGGGUUGCCUGAGACUGGAGUCUUCGAUACGGUCGAUAUCGGAGAGAGUAGAGAAUUUGAUACGGAAUAG